AUGCCAGCUGACUUUGUCAUGGCGGUCAUCCGAUGUCCAAUAAAGUGGAUCCUAAAACAUUACCCGGGAUUAGGACCACUGCAUCUGAAGAGCCAUUGGCAACUCAGCGACGACAACUUGGAGAGUGAAAGCCAGCUGGACUGCAUCUGCGAAAGACCUUCAAUGAAUGAUGAGUCGUUCCUGCAAGUCUACAAGAGCAAAGGCUCGGGUAUUCUACAGUGGCGCCGGUUCAGGGCGCAGACAUGUUGGACCACCUGGCCGCAGCCAAUCCUGUGUCUCUCUGUGUUCCAGUGGCAUGCGAGGAAGAUAAGCAGCCAACCAGAGAAGGAUACGACUGAGGUGCAGUAUAUAAUGAGCGGCGUGGCCAGCGUGGGCUCGGAUAUUCUAUACUACUGUAGUGGCGUGACAGAUAGUAGCCAUAUUGAUGUUAAUUCAUUGGUCGAAGGUGAGAAGCACGCCAUGUUGGCGACGUCAUGUGAGUUCCGGCCGUGUGGCUUCACGUGGGCAUUGAAUGAUGCGCCGGAGACUGCGAGCCAAUCCGCUCACGAGUUUUCCGUCUCCAUUGCAGCGCCCCAGUACGGACCAACGGGAGAACAGGACGACGAGGUCUAG